AGGAUAUGUGAGAUACAUGACAUGGUAGUUUCAGUUUGUAGAGCGUCGCGGAUAUCGGUGUGCGAUGCACGCACCGAACGACGGCAGCGGUAAAAUUGAGUGAUUUUUUGUAAAGCAAAACUAACUGAUUGAAAUGAGUAGGUAGCAAUGGCAAGUGAUAUGGAACGAAAGCUAUUGUAUGCUUUUCGGGGAUGGAUUGCGUUUGUGGCGUUCAUGGAUUUGGGAACGACAGUUCGAUGCUUCAUUGAAAACCGAUCCUUUAUUGGAGAGCUUCCCACGAGUAUAAGUAAACAUGACCACAAUGAUCCUCUACUGUCCAGAAUUCUUGGUAUUUAUUCAGUGCUUAAAGCCAUCACCUUAAUUCAUUGCACACUCUUUAUUCAUUACAAGCCAGUGGUCAGUAUGGGAAUGUGUGUGCUGUUGAUCACAAUCCUAAUGUGCGGCUCAGAAGUACUUUACUUUCAUUCAACUGCAUUAACAUUUUACAUCAUCUUUCCAUGUGUGCUUAAUGGAUUGACACUUCUUGGACUUUUGAUGCUGCCAAGGAGACUACUGGACUCACCACCUGUUACUGAAGAUGAAAACGUAGAGCUCCUAAAACAAGCUACAGCUUUCAAAAGACGUCGACCAAAGAAGAACAACUAAGAGAAGAAUAUGUGCCACUCAUGAUUGAAUUCCAUUUAUAUCACUGGUCUGUAUUAAAUGUGUGAUGGAACAAGCUGUUAUCAUACUUGGAUUGUAUGAUAACCUUAGAGAAGAUUCCAAAGACUGGUAACAAUGUUCUUCAAGACAUUUAAUAGUGUGCAGUAUUAUUUUUACAGAAUUUGGUACCUAAUUUUACAUGUGUUUCACAUGAGGUUACCUUCAUGAGGGGUAUGUACUGAAAAUAUAGCCAAAAUAAAGACCUUCCUUUAUUGCAGAGGUUUUUGAAGCACUGUAAUGGUGAUGCAGUGUGAUAAUAUUCUAGUCACUAAUUUAUUACUGAAGUGGUAUAUUUAGUGUUAUGUGUAGGCAUAGGUUUUAUGUACUGAAUGCUAUUACUUACAAAAAUUAUGAAACAUUUGUACUGCUUUUUGUUAAUGUUAAAUAAAGAAAAUUGAAACUGGUA